AACCAGGGUGCCGGCGCAUGGAGCCGAGGUGAACCCCCCCAGUCCUGCACACUAGAGAGAGGCGGCUCGGAUCAAGAUGAGAGCCGUCGUCUUUGCAGCCUUUGGAGCACUGCUUCUGUCGCCUGCUUCCUGUCAAAGCGGCAUGGAAUAUGAUGCAGACAACUUGGCAGUGCCAACCUUGCCUAUUAAGACCUUCCGUGGAGCUCCCCAAAAUUCUUUUGAAGAGUUUCCCCUUUCUGCCAUAGAAGGCUGGACAGAAACCACCAAAACCGUAAAACUCAAGUGCCCUGAAGAACUUGAUUCAAAUCUCCAUGUGAAUAAUGCUACCAUGGGGUACCUGAGCAGCACUUUAAGUACCAAAUUGAUACCCACCAUCUACAUCCUGGUGUUUGCAGUAGGAAUGCCGGCCAAUGCAGUGACCCUGUGGAUGCUCUUCUGCAGGACCAGAACCAUCCGGAUGACCAUCUUCUACACCAACCUGGCCGUUGCAGACUUUCUGUUUUGUGUUACACUGCCCUUUAGAAUAGCUUACCAUCUCAACGGGAACAACUGGGUAUUUGGCGAGGUCAUGUGCCGGGCCACCACGGUCAUCUUCUACGGCAACAUGUACUGCUCCAUUCUGCUCCUCGCCUGCAUCAGUAUCAACCGCUACUUGGCCAUCGUUCAUCCUUUCACUUACCGGGGACUGCCCAAGCGCACCUAUGCCUUGCUAACAUGUGGACUGGUGUGGACAAUGGUUUUCUUGUACAUGCUGCCAUUUUUCGUUCUGAAGCAGGAGUACUAUCUUGCCCAGCAGGACAUCAGCACCUGCCACGAUGUCCACAACACAUGCGCGUCCUCGUCGCCCUUCCAGCCCUACUACUUCAUCUCCUUGGCAUUCUUUGGGUUCCUAAUCCCAUUUCUGGUCAUUGUCUACUGCUACGCAGCCAUCAUCUGGACGCUUAACGCAAAAGAUCGGAGGUGGUUGUGGUACAUUAAGGCGAGUCUCCUCACUCUUGUGAUUUUCACCAUUUGCUUUGCUCCAAGCAACCUCAUCCUUAUUAUUCACCAUGCAAACUACUACUACAGCAACACCGAUGCCUUAUACUUUGUCUAUCUCAUAGCGUUGUGCCUCGGAAGCUUGAAUAGUUGCCUAGAUCCAUUCCUUUAUUUUCUCAUGUCAAAAACCACAGAUCACUCUACUGCUUACCUUACAAUGGUGAAAUCAUCUUAGAGAACAAGGAAAGCUAUCUGUGAAAAGAUACAUUCUUGAGGUAACAUAUGCAUAGAGCUCUAUUCUCCAGCUCCAUUUUUAAGUUCCUAAAACACAAUGCUUCAAAAUAAAGCAUUACAUACACCCUAGCUUUUUUCAAAAAAAGUGUCAAUGCAGGAGAAAAGAUACCUCUCCUCUCUUCAUGGCAACUGACACAUCGGCCCGACUGGUAC